GGAACGCUAUCAUUUUCCUGUCUGCAUGCAGCACGAGGGAACGUUGCUUUGGCUGUCAACUCCCUCCCUCGAGCUGUCAGUUGACAGCGCAGCAACGAGCCGGAAGAAUCGUGGGAAAGAACACAGAUUUGAUAAACCGUAGAUUUUAGUUUUCUCAUUGUUGGCACUGGAACAACGGUUUGGACACUGACGUUUUGAGGCGAACUAAAGAACGCGUAGGAGGAAUACAAAAAGGACUAAAUAGCUAUCAAAGCGAGCUAUUUUAGUGAGUUAGCUAGUUGCUAGUUGGCAAGCUAACAUAACGUCACCUUUGGCCAGUGCUGCCGCUGCUUUGCAGAAGCUAGCAAAGGUCGGAGUGUGUAGGAACGUUACAUUAGGCAGGCGAACUCCAUUGGUAUUUUAGCUACGGUUGUAGGUGCAUAGAUGGUACAACUGCACGAAAUGUUUUCUUUCAUAUGAUCAUUGGGUUGUUACACUUUACAUUUAAAAAAAAUUAACCUGUAUGUGUCAUGUUAGUUCAGUAGUUAGCCAGCUAGCAAUGCUAAUGAAAUCGACUCAGUGAGGCUGGCGCGGGGGAGAGGAGCUUGAGGAAGGAGGGUGUAGUACGAUGUGGGGAAGUGUUGGGUUAUACAGCGAGCUGUAGUAGCGGGUUAACUGGCAGUGAAUAACUCAACGUUAAUAUUUCACAAUACAUUGUCAACAAAGUCACUAGUUAGCCAGCUAACGAAAAGCGGGGCCAAAUUGGAGAACCAGAGAAAGUAAUACAAAAAAAUACUUGUUUUCAGGCUGCUCUAUGUAACGUUAAAUGCAGAGUGUGGGUGAUCAUUGAGAGGCUACUCUUCAGUUCCAUAAAGAACUGCUACUGACUGAUAACCAGCCAAUUUCACAUUGCUAAAGAUGGCUACGGCAAGCAGCAUUGCCGCAUCUAUUGCGAGCAAGACGAAGACGAAGAAGAAACACUUCGUGGCUCAAAAAGUGAAGCUGUUCCGAGCUAGUGACCCUCUGCUCAGCGUGCUCAUGUGGGGAGUUAACCAUUCGAUCAAUGAGUUGAGCCAUGUUCAGAUUCCCAUCAUGCUGAUGCCUGAUGACUUCAAGGCUUACUCCAAAAUCAAGGUGGACAAUCACCUCUUCAACAAGGAGAAUAUGCCAAGCCAUUUCAAGUUUAAGGAGUACUGUCCUCUAGUGUUCCGCAACCUCAGAGAGAAGUUUGGAAUCGAUGACCAGGAUUUCCAGAACUCCCUGACACGUGAGGCUCCAUUGAACAGUGAAGCUCACGGUCGGAGCGGCGCUCGCUUCCACACCUCAUACGACAAACGCUACGUUAUCAAAACCAUUAGCAGCGAGGACGUGGCUGAGAUGCACAACAUCCUCAAGAAGUACCAUCAGUUCAUCGUGGAGUGUCAUGGCAACACACUUCUCCCUCAGUUCCUGGGGAUGUAUCGCCUCACGGUGGACGGAGACGAGACCUACAUGAUUGUCACCCGGAACGUCUUCUCCCACCGCCUCUCCGUCUACAAGAAAUACGACCUGAAGGGCUCCACUGUGGCCAGAGAGGCCAGUGACAAGGAGAAGCAGCCACGCCCUCCUGAGGAUGCCCCUCCAAGGCCCAAAUCUAACGUUCAGCAAAGGCUGCAAACGCUUCGGAUCGCCACGCGCUUUUACUGCGCCAUGAAACACGUAAGAGACGCAAAGGAACUGCCCACCUACAAAGACAACGACUUCAUCAACGAUGGACAGAAGAUCUACAUCGACGACGACAACAAGAAAAUGUUCCUGGAGAAACUACGCAAAGACGUGGAGUUCCUGGCCCAGUUGAAGUUGAUGGACUACAGUCUGCUGGUGGGCAUCCAUGACGUGGAGCGGGCUGAGCAGGAGGACGUGGAGAGCGAGGACAACGAGGGAGACGAUGAUGGGGAGAGUGAUGGGGGGAUAGGCACACCCCCCGACUCCCCCAGUAACACCCUGGACAGCACCAAGCCCCUGUCCCCUGGGGAGUUUGACCCCAGCAUAGACGUCUACGCCAUCAGGAGCAACGACAGUGCUCCUAGGAAGGAGGUGUACUUCAUGGCCAUUAUUGACAUCCUGCAGCACUAUGAUGCCAAGAAGAAAGCUGCUCAUGCUGCCAAGACCGUCAAACAUGGGGCGGGAGCUGAGAUCUCGACCGUGAACCCGGAGCAGUACUCCAAGAGGUUCUAUGACUUCAUCACCACCAUCCUCUCAUAGCCCCUAGGAGUAGGGGGUGGGGGGGCACAUGGGGCCACUCACAGAGAGGAGGAAUGGAGGGAAACAAAACAAGAGUGGACGGGUGGGUGAGGGCGGUGGGUUGUCUUCGUCUCUCCGUCAGCACGGGUGUCCCUCUCAGCAGCUAAAACCAUCAUUUGUUUACAUUUACCUUGUUGUCCUCUGUUGGUUUGACCUCUGUUACGUGGGACCAUGACAUGUGACAGGAGAAGAACACGUGUUUUAGCUUGGUUCUAGUCAGUACCUUUUUUAUUUGCUGGUUUACUGUGGGAAUUUAGCUUUUCUUUUUUUUUUGUCUUUUUUUUUUUUACUGCCUCUUUACGUGACCAGUAUUCUUGUGUUGUUUUUGUUCUUGUUUUUGUUCUGUAUUACCCUUUUUGGGUGGGAGGGGCUAAGAAUGAGGACUAACAGGGCUCAAUGAUUGGAUAGUAAACAGGAAGUGCACGUUGAGGCUUAUCCAAUCACUCUUCAGGAAGUAGUCUUCCAAUAGGUCAUCAGCCAGAUCAUCCAAUCACCAUUUGGUACAGCCCUGCCCUAGCCAAAUGUAUCUUCCUAUUUGUCCCCUUAUCCUUCACUCUGUCCUUAAACCCUCUUCCUGGCAAUGGGUGAUCCUCCCCGAUAUGCACCUUUACUUGCAAUCUAUCACUCACACCUGCAUGCACACACAUACUCUCACACACACACCCACACACACACACACUGUAUUUCCCUUUCCCUCAAGACACAACAAGUUAAGAUGAGUUGUUUAGUAAGACCAAGAGCUGGUCAAGGAACACUGUGUGUUAGCGUUAAUAGUAUGUGUUAGUGAGCAGUUGGCUCAGCACACAUUAAUGCGAGCGUGAAGCAAGAGGACAGGGAGAGGAUAGCGGAGUACCUAGAAAGACGUGAAGAAGUAUUGGCCAGAGAGCAGACUGCACAGUACACAUGAGAUCUAAGAGUUCCAACUGUUUCCUUCAGCUCCAGUUACUGGGCAGAGUUUCAUUUUGGCUCUGGAGACUCGUGACAUCAAUGACUGAUCUGGUUCAUGUCGUUCCCGGAACAGUACCAGGAAGUGACAUGGUGAUGCUUCUGUGUCUGGCGUCUUGUGAGGCCGUGUUUUGAUACUCCGCGGAGUCUCUACCCUGCGUUGCAAUUGGCACCCUUAAACAUAUCGUUGCACUUUUACGUUGUUAGAAGUAGGACACCCUGUUCUGUUACACGCCGCCGCAAACAAAAGCACUGUCUGGAGCUAUAGAACACAGUCCUGGGAUUUCUGAUGGGGCUGUAGAAGGGAAUAGGAGUGUCUAGGCCGCUAAGGGCCACAGCGACUUGGGGCGGGAGGGACUUCAGGUGGGUUUGGGUCAGGGCGGCAGAGAGAGGGGAGAUGCAUUCAAAGGCGGAUGGUCGGAGCCUGCUGUCUGCGUCUGACAUCAUACCAGCACACACCGCCCUGAACCAUGGUCUCACCCAGAACUCUGUCAGCAGGGACUUGAAGUCGGUUCCAGAGAAGAACAGGGCGUGCAGGAUUUUACUCUCAUCCAGCACAAACACACCUGAUUCAAGACAGCUUGAAUCGGGUGUUUUGGAGUCGGGAGGUAAUGAGAGCCUGCGCGUGCUAGUAGCUCUCCUGUAUCGGAGUUGCGAAAACCCAGAGGCCGUAAAAUAUCUGACAUAUCUGGUUCAGUGUUGAAUCGGCUGUGUGUCUCAGUGUUUUGUUAUGAAGAGGGGCGUGGAAGUAGGUUCUGGUGGUAUAGAAUAAAACAAAACAAAAAAAGUUGACUUGUUGUUUAAGUGUUGAUGUCAUGGCAACCUGUCAGCCUCUCCUUUUAACAUUGUUGUCCGUCUGUUAAUCAGACUGUGUUGUUCGUGUUGUUGUUGUUUUUUUAAGUUUGUUAAUCUCUGAUUGGAUUUGGCAGUUUAGGAAUUGACGCUGUAAAUUUUUAUAUUUUGCACAAAAACUAAAAAGGAACCAAAUGUUAUGCAUACAACCCUGAUUGGUUGACAUGGUCUUAACAAGGGAAACGCAAUAUUAUUAUAUCUGUACCGGGGCUGUAUAUGGCUUGUAGCUCUAUAUAGCUCUGACUUGUACCAAGUGUCUGUGGCUUUGGUGUUGAGUCUGUGAUGGCUAACCAACUAAAACCAGUGAUGUUGUCGUCCUCCACUAUUCUAACCCUAGCAGAAAGCUUCCAUAUUGAGGUAUGUUUUGUUUUCUUUGGACACACAGAUUAUAUUCACAUAUAUUUUUGCAUUGCAUUGUGGUCAUCAAAUUUAAUUGCAUUUUAAAACACCGCCCUUCAAGGGAAUGAAAGUGUUGUGUCAUAUGAAGAAUACUGCUUGGAUUUGUACAAUGCUCACUGUACGUACUGUAAAAAAAAACAAAAAUGCAUGUUUCAGGAAUACAGUUUCUCCCUCCUCCUGUGUCUUGGCUGUUUAGAUCCACCGAAACUUCACCGGUCUGUUAACUUCACUUGUCUGUUCUUACCAUGCUUUAAAGUGUUCUUUUAUUGUAUACACUGUUUAAGAGGUGUGCCUUUAUACUCCAAAUUAUUUAAUUUUGUAUUUUUUAAUUAUUAUUUUUUACAAAGUUGAAAGGUUAUAAUAAUUAUAAUAAUAAUAAUAAUAAUAGGGUGGUUAUUUAGAAAUGUAUCACCACUUUUAUUCUCAGUGCCCCCCCUCCCCGUGUAGUAGGUGUUUUUCAAUCUCUUAUUGUUAUUGCUAAGUCCAAACUGAUAUUGACUUUCAGUUUUCAGAAAACGAAAAAUAAAUGGCCAUCUUUGAUGCGGAAGUGACGUGUAGAAGUUAGUUAUUAGGCACAGAUCAAGAUUACCCUCCUUAAAUCCUAACCUUAAUCAUUAGGUGGGGUAACAGCGACUCUGACUGCAGAUCGGUGUCCAGGGGCAACUUCUACCUCCUCACAGGUGUGGGGAUGUUCACCACUGUUCCUGCUUCAGUAGGGAUGUGUGUUAGUGUGCGUGCGUGUGCGUGACUGCUGUGGUGUUUGUCGUGCUGGUUCUCUGAAGGCUUCCUUUCGAGUUUGAGAGUUUCUGCAAUGGCACUCUAUUCCCACACUGCUCGGUUUUUGACGAGAGCCGUCACACGGGCAGGAUUUGCUGUAUCCGGGUCGGAACUGGUGCGGCUGUUUAGAGAAUAGGAUGAUUCGGACACAGUCUGACUCUGACAACAAGCUCCACGUUGUUCUCAGGAGUCGCUCCCCAUUCCCGUCAUCUUGUGUUAGUGUUGCUACGUCAGCGUACACCAGGACCUACUACCUACUCCACCUCCCCCCAGUGGGUCAGCCAAUCCAGCACUCGCACACUCGUCACUCGGAGAAAACGCCUCCAUUCUUGGGGGGCGUCUUGUAGGCGUGGUGCAGUUGACGAAAUAUUUUCUCAACUCGUUUUCGAGGCAGAUCUGAUGUGAUCGUUGACAAUGACGUGCCCCCAGAGUCUGUCGAUCAAGUCCCUCGAUUUAAGUUUCAGAUGGAAUUGGUUAAGGUUAAAGGUUGGGCUCAAGGUUAGGGUUAAAGUCAGAGUUGAGCAAUAAACCUGGUCAAGUGUAAUCUGAGCUUGGAGUAUGUUUUAUAAUGCAAGUUCCACCAUUUAAAAUUGAGGUAUCCCCUCGAUUAAUUUCUGCCUAUAGAACAAGAUUCAUGACAAAACAAAUCCAACCUGCACUUUCUGAUAGAAAACGCAGCAUUCUGUGAUUUUUGUUGUUGCUCUGGCUGUGUUGAGGCUGGAUCCAUAUAGUGCUGCCAUGCCGCCGACAGGAACUCUGACUAUGGUAAACAACAAAUGACCCCCCCCCCCCUCCCAUUCCAGUUCCAUCCGUGGAUGAUCCUUCAACUCUCACCUUUGUGUAAAACCUAUUGUACCUCUGAGUCCACCAUAUUGCCAAAAGCUACUUUUCCCAUUAAUGUGUAUCCAUAAAUAGUCUCAACGUGCGCACAUGAGCUUAAAAAUGUUGUCUGGUGUAUAUGUAUUCAAUCGGGUUUAUUUUUUUAACAUGUGAAUUGGGAGAACGUUUGGAGGGUUGUAGCGGGCCCUCACAGAUAGUUGUUGGACGUUCACAGCUAUUGGGACAGGCCGGUGCAAGUUUAUAAAUCGGGUUUUAACUGUUUGGGAAAUAAAACUUGAUGAUAGCUUUGGCUUGACAGAAUCUGCAGGAGCUGAAUUUUCUCAAACCCUAUAGGGAUUUGAAAUCGGUUAUACUCAUGAAAUAGACUCUAAUACAACCGAAAACUGUUACAAAAUACGCUGAGUUUUUUGGGGGGAUUGAAUAUGCAAACAGACCAGAAGACUAUAGGUUUUUACGAGGUCCUUCCUGCAUGUUUUGUCAUGUCCAAAGUGACCCAAAGUCCUUGCUUUGCUUAAGCAUUGUGUGUUGCUGUCGCAGAUGGUCCGUGGGGGUGUAACCUCUUGUGUCUUGUGAGGGAGGCUCACUCAUGUUCUAUGAUGUUUAUUGUUCAACACAUGAUGAUGAUAAUACACUCUAUUCCAUAAGCAUUCGCUCAAGUACAAUAAAGCACUUUGCUAAACUGC